CUAAACUUUUGCGAGAAGAUAAAGCAGAGAAACCUGAAGGACGAUCCAAAAGAAAUAUCCAUAUAGAGGCAGCAAUGACUAUGAAAAAUCAGAAAAAGUGGGUAAAUUGUGAGUGGACUUUUGGACAUGUUCCUGGAGUUGAAAUUGGGGAUCAAUUCCGGUUCAGGGCAGAACUUGUUACGAUCGGAUUACAUCACCAAGUUAUGAAUGGUAUCAAUUAUGUGAAUAUUGGCAGAAAAUAUGUUGCAACAAGCAUUGUUGAUUCUGGUCGGUGCGAUAACGAGGCCAUAUCUUCUGAAACAUUCAUUUAUGUAGGUCAAGGCGGGAAUCCAAAAGUAUCUGUCAAUGCGAGAGUGGAAGAUCAAAAGCUUAAAGGGGGUAAUCUUGCCUUGAAGAACUCCAUGGACAUGGGAUGUCCGGUGAGGGUUAUUUGUGGUCGACAAAGAGUGAAUGGUGAAAAGAGUGAUAUGAGAUACAUUUACGAUGGGCUCUACACUGUGACCAAGUGUUGGGAAGAAAUAGCUCCAACUGGAAAAUAUGUUUUCAAGUUUGAACUAAAAAGAAAUCUUGGCCAACCAAAACUUAAUCGUGAAAUAGUAUCACGGCCAACAAGUUUAGUCAAGGUAGAUCAUUUUCAUGUUAACAAGGAAACAAAAUCGAUUAUGCAGUCGGAGUUUGUUGUGGACUAUGAUGUCUUGCAAGGAAAAGAGAAGAUACCGAUUCGUGUUGUCAACGCAAUAGAUGAUGAGAGACUCCCAUCAUUUACUUACAUUACCAACAUACAAUAUCCAGAUUGGUAUUACAUCUCUAGGCCUCAAGGUUGCAAUUGCACAAGUGGAUGCCUGGAUUCCGAGCAAUGCUCUUGUACUUCUAGGAACGGAGGUGAGAUUCCAUUCAACACAAGAGGCUCUAUUGUUAGAGCACAACCUCUUGUUUAUGAGUGUGGCCCAUCUUGCAAAUGUCCCCCUACUUGCAAAAAUAGAAUUAGCCAACAUGGUCCUCGAGACCAUUUGGAGGUUUUCAAGACCGAAUCGAGAGGAUGGGGCUUGAGGUCACGAGAUCAUGUCUCAUCCGGAAGUUUUAUAUGUGAAUAUGUUGGGGAGUUGCUUGAUGAAAUGGAAGCUGAAAGUAGAAUAGAUAAUGAUGAGUACUUGUUUGAUGUUGGCAACUAUGAUGAAGAAAUCCCAAAAAGGAAUCCUAUGCGUAAUAAUAACCUCAAAGUUGAGUCAGAUUCUUUGCGGAGGAAGGAUGAAGAUGGCUUUACUCUUGACGCGGUAAGAUAUGGAAAUGUUGGAAGAUUUAUCAACUAUAGUUGCUCACCAAACCUUUAUGCUCAAAAUGUCAUGUAUUACCAUGGUGAUAGGAGAGUACCUCAUAUAAUGUUUUUCGCUUCCAAGAGUAUUGCUCCAUUAGAGGAGUUUACUUAUCACUACAACUAUGACCAUGUUUGUGAUAAAAAUAGAAAUCUGAAGAGAAAGAAUUGUAGAUGUGGCUCCCGGAAGUGCGAGGCGAGAAUGUACUAA